AGGAGUGUUUUCAUCCAGCAGGAAGUACUAUGCUACAGAAAGGGAAGGUAGUACGGGCUUGUUCCAGCCCUUCUGCUGAGUCUCUUAUGUUGGGAGGAGGAAAGGAGGGUUUUUCUAUCAAUGUUGUUGACUUAAAAAUACAACCAGUACAAGCUGACUGAGUUUACAAAAAAUGUACAGGCUUCUUAUGUUCGGUUAAAAAAUCUCUAUUCUUCCUUAUGUAAAUCAAGGCUUAGACAAAUAAGCUGUCUGGCUCACGGUCUCCAGCAUUCUAGAUCGCAAACUCGUCCAGACUACCUAUCAAAAUGGGGGCCUAUCCAUACAGAAUUGAUUUCACCUAAUCAGCACCAUCCUUUAAAACAAACCAAAAUAUACCCAGUCCAUCUUGGCAAAAAUGAGAUGUUAUCACAUCUGUAAGCUACCAGGAAGAGUUAUGGGAAUCCGACUACUUCGCUUCUCGUCUGUGGUGAUCUUUGUCUUACUCCUUGUGGCAGGUGCUUUAAUGGCUUUGCUUCCUAACAGUAAAGAUGACAAAAUGCCCAAUUUGCGAAGGGAACCAAAAUCCCAGAGCCAAUCUGCCUUGGAUUCAUUUACUCUUGUUAUGCAGACAUACAACAGAACUGACUUAUUGCUGAAACUCUUAAAUCAUUAUCAAGCCAUCCCCCAUCUACACAAAGUAAUUGUUGUGUGGAACAAUGUUGGGGAGAAGAUGCCAGAGGAAAUGUGGAAUUAUUUGGGACCACAUCCUGUACCUGUUGUCUUCAAAGUGCAGACCAUGAAUCACAUGAGGAACAGACUCCAGAUCUUCCCUGAAUUGGAAACAAAAGCUGUUUUAAUGGUGGAUGACGACACACUGAUUAGUGCCUAUGACCUUGCUUUUGCCUUCUCUGUUUGGCAGCAAUUUCCAGAUCAGAUAGUGGGAUUUGUUCCUAGAAAGCAUGUUUCCACUCCUUCAGGUAUAUACAGUUAUGGCAGCUUUGAAUUGCAGACCCCUGGAUUUGGAAAUGGGGACCAGUACUCCAUGGUUCUCAUCGGAGCAGCAUUCUUCCACAGUGGAUACCUAGAACUCUUUCAAAAGCAGCCUGACGCUGUUCAUGCUUUGAUAGAUGAAACUCAAAACUGUGAUGAUAUUGUCAUGAAUUUUCUAGUGGCAAAGCAUACCGGAAAGCCUUCAGGAGUGUUUGUGAAACCUGUUGACAUAAGGAAUUUAGAAAAAGAGACUAACAGUGGUUAUUCCGGAAUGUGGCACCGAGCAGAGCACUUGCUACAAAGAUCUUACUGUCUAAACAAAUUGGUUAAUAUUUAUGACAGUAUGCCCUUAAAAUAUUCUAACAUUAUAAUUUCUCAGUUUGGGUUCCCUAAUUAUGCCAAUUACAAGAAUAAAAUGUAAGAAUGUAUAGUACAUGGGGUAUAUGUUACACAUCAAACAGUGAAUUCAAGUCAGUGUAAGUUAAAUGCUGAGGGGCCAGAAGAAGGCAUACAUUACUCCAGCUUGUCCUCCUUUACACAUAGCCUCUGAAUUUUGCCCACAGUAUUUUCUUUCCCCAGUGUACGUUAUUGAGAAGUUUAAAGAACAGCAUAUGUGUAAUGUUCACUUAUAAUAAAUUCACCCUCAUCUCUUAAUGCUUGAGAAGCUGCUGUUGUCGAAAUUACAGGGCUAGACCUUCAAAAGCAUGUACAGAAAAAUGGACAAUCACUUGGUGCACACAUAUGAAGAACUAAACUUCUGUUUCUUUAGAAUGGUAUUUUGGCAUAUUUGUGUUAUACAUAUUUUUUUUUGAGACUGUUCUAUUUUUCUUGGUUAUAAAACUCUUCACAGCUUGUAUGUUAACUACUGUUCUUCAGCGUGAAAUGUUCCUGAGGUUCCAAUCAAACCAUAAACCCAACAAAGUCAUGGAACAAAGCACGGUCUCUGUAUCAAAAAUCUCUAGAUGCCUCACAUAUAACAAUGGCCACUGAGGAGUUAUGGAGCAUAAUGUUGCUGAUACCGCCUUUUUUCCUAUCAUUACUUUGCCCACAGUCACUGGGAGGCUGCUCAGGAACUGAAAGGUAAACGUUCUAAUUGUUAACUUGGGAAAGAUAAUGAACAUGGAAAGCAUAUAUCAUAAAAAAUGUAGCUUAUGUUACCACAUAUGCAGCCAAAAGAGACAGAUGCCAUAUUUGCUACUUACUACAGCCUUUAGAACUUACUCUUAUUUCAGUAUUUUGCAUAUACAGUAGAACCUCAGAGUUAUAAACAACCUCCAUUCCCGAGGCAUUUAUAACUCUGAUGUUAACUUUUGUUCAGUUAACUCUAACUUAACUGAACAAAACAUUAUGGUUGUUCUUUCAAAAGUUUACAACUUUGAUUUAAUACAGCUUUGAAACGUUGCUAUGCAGAAGAAAAAUGCAGCUUUCCCUUUAUUUUUUUUUAGUAGUUUACGUUUAACACUGUACUGUAUUUGCUUUUUUUUCUUUGGUGCUUCUGGUUCCAAAUGAGGUAUGUAGUUGACUGGUCAGUACAUAACUCUGGUGUGCGUAACCCUGAGGUUCUACUUUGCAUUAUGCUGGAGAAGUGUGCCUGAAAAGCAACUCAUGCUUCUAAAAAAAUGUUUUAAGUAUAAUUCAUGGUAGUAACUACAGAUAUAUUUUAUGUCUGUCUAGCUAUUUUUGCAUCUGAUCCAGAAGGUACAUUUUGUAAGCGUACAGGUCUACUUUAUUUUGUUUUACUGUUUGAAUUGAAUAUAUUCUAUUUUUAUUUCCUUCACUUAUUUUCAAAUGGCAAAACUAAUAAACGUCUAUGAUAAAAAUAAAAUGUUGUGUAGUUUAUGGAGACAUUAGGAAAUAUGUUGUAGGCUACAUUCCUGGCGAGGACUGUACUAGAUGACUUGUUGGGUCUUUUCAGUCUCUGAAUUCUUUGGUUGUACCUAUGUUAAAUGGACUUGUUACCAUCAGCUGAUAUCAGCUUUGGACUGCUGAACUAGUACUGGAAACAUCUUAAAUAUACAUCCUAAAUAUAGGACAAAACUAUUACAAAAAAUAUUCUUGAGACGUGGAAGAAAUAAUCUAUGGCAAUGUAAUUUAGACACGGACAGAUCAGAUCAUUGAGCCUUGGUGGAACCAAGUCUCAGAACUAAAAAAGGAGUUAGUCCCAUCUGCACUAGCAGUAAAUAUUGUUCUAAAUGCUAGUUCAAGGGGAUCUGUGGCAGACAACCAUUGUCAGGAAUGAGUCAUUUUCCUAGUGUAGACAUGGUUUACGACUAUCAUUCUUGUAAUAGGUUAGCUGAGAAAAAAGGACUCUUGAGUAAUGUCAGAAGUUCUUUACUAGUAGGCUGAUGAUGACCAUGCUUUUUACACUUGUUCUAUUAGUUGUAUUACAGGAUUUGUUUUAGAUAGUGUAAUCUUGGUAGCCUUAGAAGUUGUCAAAUUUUAAGUGGCAAAGCAUGUUUUAAUGUGAAGACUAAAACUCUGCUUACUUAUCUUGUUGGAGUAAUCAAAGUAGAUUUAAUGAUAGUGAUAAGUGAUAAAUAGUAUAUACAUAUCUGUGGUCUUUCUACCAAUGCAGACCUCCUUGCAGUAACUCACUGUGCAUCACUUGCUUAUUGUUGCUUCUGUGACUUUUUUCUUUUCUGUAUCAAUUGUCAAUUAAUAAAAUAAGUGUUUCUCAUA